AUGAAUUAUUCCUCGGAAUCAGAAAAUGCAGAGACUUUCAGAAUUCGCGGAAAGAAAUACUUCUCACAAGGAAAGGAUUUCGAGUCUCUGGUGAAUUUAACAAAAUCACUGGAGCUGGAUCCGUAUAAUGCGGAGGCAUUCAGAAUACGUGGGAAGAUCUACUAUCUACAGGGAAGGGAUCGAGAGUCCUUGACAGACAUUAAUAAAUCGCUGGCAUUAGAUCCAAACAAUGCUGAGGCGUUGAAAAUUCGGGGGAAAAUCUAUUUCUCACAAGAGAGAGACAUAGAGUCCUUGGAGGAUUUGACCAAAUCACUGUUCAUGGAACCGGACGAUGCGGACGCACUGAGAAUCCGCGGGAAGAUCUAUUUACUGCUACACAGAUAUGAAGAAUCAAUAAAGGAUUUAAAUCGAUCGCUAGAAUUGCGACCAAAUAAUGCCGACUUGUUGAGAAUCCGUGGGAAAGCUUACUGCGGACUAGGCCUGUACGAGAAAUCUUUGGAAGAUCUAACCAAAUCAUUGGAUUUAGAUCCGAACAAUAUGGAUGCACUGAUGACUCGUGGGGAAACUUAUAGCAAAAUAGGGAAAUAUGACGAGUCUUUGGCCGACUCAACGAAAUCAUUGGAUCUAGAUCCGAAUAAUGCAUAUUUAUUGCGCAAUCGUGCAAUGACUUACUUCCUGCUGGGUAAAUAUGAAGAAUCUUUGUUAGAUUUGCGUAGAUCGGUAGAAUUGGAACCCGGAAAUCCGGAUGUAUUGAAAAUAUGCCAAAUAAUUUUUUCAGAAAUAAGAAAUUAUGAUGAAGAUGUCUCUGCGAUGGAUAUAUCUGACAGUGAGGACUAUGAAUUAAAUUAUGAGGAUCAGAUCGAUUAA